CCCCGUUUUAUGGCUGAGUCUCCCAUAAGGUGGAUGUACUCGUCUGUCUAGCUGUUCAUUCACGGAUGGUGGUUUCCAGUUAUUAGCUAUUACAGGCAAAGCUGCUGUGGACAAUUGUAUGCAGGGUUUUCUGUGUCCAUUUAUCCCAUUUGUCUGGGAUAAAUGCCCAGGAGUAAAACUGCCAGGCUGUAUAGUAAGCAUAUGCUUAGUAUUUUGUUGUCAUCGUUGUUUGACACUGCCGAGGAUGAGUCACAGGUUCGAGAAAUCGCAUGACAAGGCUGUGGGCAGGGCUUUUGUCUGCCCUCCUCCUACAUAAGGCCCCCGGAGCCCACACUGCCUCAGCAUCCCUCUUGCUCGAGAGCUCAGAGCCACCCAAAGCUGCAGCCAUGCCAUGCCUCCUGCUCACCCUGGGCGUGGCCCUGGUCUGUAGUGUCCAGGCCACGGACAUGCCCCAGACCAAGCAGAACCUGGAGUUCCCGAAGUUGGCAGGGACCUGGCACUCCAUGGCCAUGGCCACCAACAACAUCUCCCUCAUGGUGACGGUGAAGUCUGCUCUGAGGGUCCACGUCACCUCGCUGUGGCCCACCCCCGAGGACCACCUGGAGACCAUUCUGCACAGAUGGGAGAACAACAGCUGUGUUGAGAAGAAGGUCCUUGGAGAGAAGACUGAGAAUCCGAAGAAGUUCAAGAUCAACUAUAUGGGAGCGAAUGAGGCUAUGCUGCUUGAUACUGACUACGACAAUUUCCUGUUUCUCUGCCUAAAGGAUACCACCACCCGCAUCCAGAGCUUGAUAUGCCAGUACCUGGCCAGAGUCCUGGUGGAGGACGACGAGAUCAUGCAAGGAUUCAUCAGAGCUUUCAGGCCCCUGCACAAGCGUCUGUGGUACUUGCUGGACUUGAGAAAGACGGAAGAGCCGUGCCAUUUCUAGAUGGAGUCUCGCUCUGUCACCAGGCUGGAGCGCAGUGGCACAAUCUCAGCUCACUGCAACCUCUACCUCCUGGGUUCAAGCGAUUCUCCUGCCUCAACCCCCAGGUUGCUGGGACCACAGGCGUGUACCACCAUGCCCAGCUAAUUUUUGUAUUUUUAAUAGAGAAAGAGUUUCACCAUGUUGGCCAGGAUGAUCUCAAUCUCUUGACCUCGUGAUCCACCCCUCUCAGCCUCCCAAAGUGCUGGGAUUUCAGUGCAGCAUUCUUAAGGGGGUGUCCUCAAGCCCACCCACGUCCUUCCAGGGCUCCCCCACAGUACCCUGCUCUUCCUCCCUCUACUUAAGUAACCCAACAGCUCGUCUCCGCCUCCAGGAAGACCAGACCCCCACCCUUCCACACCUCCAGAGCAGUGGGAAUUCCUCCUGCCCUUUCAAAGAAUGUCCACACCUCAGAAGACAAUGGCGUGGUCAUCCGUGUCCCCAUCCCCUUCCUGCUGCACACCUGCACCGCGGGCGUGGGGGGGCUGCUCCCUGGGGGCAGUCUCUGGCAGAGAUUAUUAAUAAAUCCAUGCCGCAUGUUCUGUCUGGACGCGCAGUCACCGCUGGGUGUGGGAUUCAGGGACGAGGGUCCAGGGUGGGGGGUGGGCCCAGGAGCCAGACCUGCUACAAACCCGGGGGCAGCUUCUGGUGGAGAAAAGACCUCAACUUUCUUAUCUACAAAAUAAAAGGGUCCACUUUCACAAAAUUUAUGAAAUGUCUAGAAAAAUAAAACCAGGACACUUCUAUCAGAAUCGAUGAGCCCAGAGGAAAACUCAUAGUCUUUAAUAGUGAAAUGGGUUAGCAAGACAAAAUUAAAAUCAAUAAAUCUGUAAUGAGCUCUUGUUAGAAAAAAAAAAAAGCGUUAGAAUCAGGAAAA